CCUAUUUAAUUAACAAGGAGCAACAUAUUGCCAUUGGGCCCCGGAGAUUUCUUUUCCUCUCCUCUCAUCGCCUCGCUGAAGAUGAAGAUAUCUGCAGUGGAAAAUGAUGGAUCCUCUCUCGGCCUCGUCAGACCACUGCUUCAAAAUCCGGAGGACAACCUCAGAAGUACCUCGUCUGCUUGUGAUGGAAACAACCAAGUAUUCCUUGAGGAGUUGAAGAAGCAAUUGUGGCUGGGGGGCCCCUUGAUUUUGGUGUCUCUUUUGCAGUUCGCUUUGCAGCUGAUUUCGGUAAUGUUUGUGGGCCAUUUGGGGGAAUUAGCCCUCUCUGCUGCUUCAGUGGCAACAUCCUUUGGGUCCGUCACUGGUUUGAGCCUGUUGAUGGGCAUGGCAAGCGCAUUAGACACAUUGUGCGGCCAAUCCUAUGGAGCUAAGCAGUAUGGUAUGCUCGGCGUGCACAUGCAGAGAGCAAUGUUUGUUCUUCUUUGUUUUUCCAUACCUCUUGCCAUUGUAUGGGCAAACACAAGUCCCAUCCUAGCGGCAUUCGGCCAAGAUCCUGACAUCUCCAAAGAGGCUGGACACUAUGCUCGCUUUAUGAUUCCCAGCAUUUUUGGUUACGCCAUACUGCAAUGCCAAGUUAGGUUCCUGCAAGCACAAAAUAUUGUCAUCCCAAUGAUGAUGAUUUCUGGGAUCACCACUUUCUUGCACUUCAUCUUCUGCUGGACUCUUGUUUUCAAGUCUGGCCUCGGUGGCAGAGGAGCUGCAGUGGCAAAUUCGCUCUCUUACUGGAUAAAUGCCUUGUUGUUAUCUCUUUACAUCAAGUUUUCUUCAUCCUGUUUGAAAACUUGGGCUGGGUUUUCUAAAGAAGCACUGCACGAUAUUUUUAAUUUUAUUAGACUUGCUAUCCCUUCAGCAGUUAUGGUCUGUUUGGAGGCGUGGUCCUUUGAAAUGAUGGUUCUACUCUCUGGGCUUCUUCCCAACCCUGAGUUAGAAACCUCUGUACUGUCUAUCUGCCUUAACACAGGUGCAACAGUUUGGACGAUCCCAUUUGGGCUAAGUGGUGCUGUGAGCACAAGAGUAUCAAAUGAGGUGGGAGCCGGGCAUCCCCGAGCGGCAGAGUUAGCUGUGGGUGUAGUCCUAGUGAUGGCCAUCAGCGAGGGCCUCUUGGUGGGACUGCUGCUGUGCUUAAUCCGAAACAUAUGGGGAUAUGCCUAUAGUAAUGAGAAACAAGUCGUGGACUACGUGGCAGCAAUGAUGCCUAUCCUGGCCAUCUCGAACUUCAUGGACGGGCUUCAGUGUGUUCUUUCAGGAAUCAUCAGAGGGUGUGGGUGGCAGAAGAUUGGAGCAUUUAUCAACCUUGGAUCGUAUUAUCUUGUGGGCAUGCCAAUGGCUGCACUGUUAGCUUUUGUGUUGGGCAUAGGAGGAAAGAAGCGUGCAAUGCAGGGUCUCUGGUUGGGAAUUGUGAGUGCUUUGCUGGUGCAAGUGGUGAGCCUUUUUGCCAUGAUAUCACGCACCAACUGGGAACACGAGGCGCAGAGGGCCAGAGAAAGAUCCAACGAGAUACCAUCGUAAAGUGAGUGAUUCAUCAUUCAUAUAAUAGUGUCCAUCUGACUCCAAGACCACAACAAAGUAUCAGCUUCCUUUCUUUACAAUACUUGCGACGCCAAAGAGUAAUCAAUUUAAAUAUGCAGUUUCUGUUAGAGAGUUAGGAGAAAAGUGAAUGGUUGAAAUCGAACAAACAAUCUUGGAUAUACUUUAAGCUUUUUAUAUCAUAUUUGACCCUAAUGUGUUGGGUUUCACAAAAUUUCUACUAAAAUAAAACAAAACAACACUAAAAUGUUAGACAAAAAAUAUUUGUAUAUGAUGAAUAUGUUUUCUAGAAUUAUUGAAAAAUAUUCUCUUGUA